AUGGGCGUCCUAGUAAGGCAAAUUAGGCCUAAACGAACUUUGCCAUUUAAAAAACGACACAAAACGACAUGGAUAGGGGACAACGAUAAACAAAAAUCUUUAAAGUUGGACGAUCUAAAGGUAAUCACUACUUUGGGUACUGGAGGAUUCGGCCGAGUCAAUUUGGUGCAAAUUGGAGACGACUGUAGCCGUUCCUUCGCCCUAAAGAAACUUAGGAAAUCCCACAUCGUUGCAACUAAGAACGAAAAAAAUGUUAAAGAGGAACUCAGAAUUUUAAGUCAACUGAAUUCUGACUUCAUCGUUGAAUUUUACCAGACGUUCAAGGAUGACCACAAUGUGUAUAUGUUGAUGGAGUGUUGCUUAGGGGGCGAUUUGUGGACGAUCUUGCAAAAAGAGGGCUCAUUUAGCAAUACUACGACCCAAUUUUACACCGCCUGUGCAAUAGAGGCUCUGGAAUAUCUACAUUCCAGAAAUAUAGUGUUUAGAGAUUUGAAGCCCGAGAAUCUUGUUUUGGAUGCCCAAGGGUACGUGAAGCUGAUAGAUUUCGGAUUUGCCAAGAAGCUAGGUAUUGACGGUCGAACUACGACUUUGUGCGGCACGGUACACUACAUGGCGCCCGAGAUCAUCCGAAAUGAAAGCCACGACAUAAGGGUGGAUAGCUGGACUCUAGGAAUAGUAAUGUUCGAAUUCCUGACUGGUGACCUCCCGUUUGGCGGAGAAAACAGCUACGCGAUUUUUAAGAAUAUAUUAGCAGGCAUUGACACCGUGGACUUUCCAGAAAACGUUACCACAAGUGCCAUAAGCAUAAUAAAAAGCUUUUGCCAAGAAGAUCCCUGCAAACGUCUGGCGGGAAUCAGUGCCAUAAGACAACACAAAUAUUUUAACGAUUUUGACUGGGAUGCACUGGUCGCUAGAACACAUAUCCCACCGGUUGUACCCAAGAUCAAGAACGCAACCGACAGCAGCAAUUUUGUCGAUUGCUUUUCCGACGAAGACGAAACUCCGUCCGAAGGCAUGAGUGGCGACAUGGACUGGGACGCUGAUUUCUAG